UAUUGACCAAUCAUGUGCGGCUUGAACAGAAGAAAGCUGGCUCCCGUCGUUCGCGACUGACAUAACUUCAGGGAUGGAUCUGGGCAAAGCCCUCAGCUGCUGCUGUGAAGAUAAACAAGGACAGCAAACAGCGAAAGGUGGGGAUGGUGAGGCCCUUUCACUUGGUGAAACCUGUAUCAGCGACCCUAGUUCCUGGCAGAAACCUGUCCCAGCAGAAGGAACUGCCCAGUCAGCCUGUCCCCCCUCUGCAGCAGACCUGUGAGCUCUACCUCAGCUAUAUGGAGCCCAUUCUGGAGGAGGAUGAGUUGACGCAAACCAAAAAACUAGUGGAAGAGUUUCAUAAAGCAGGAGGAGUCGGAGAAAGACUCCAGAGAGGCCUGGAAAUGAAAGCACGCAACACUGAGAACUGGUUUUCAGAAGUUAUUGUCAAGAAUGGAUUUCUUGCUGCGCGAAAGCCUCUCGCAGGUGUAUCAAAUUCUGCAGGGAUCUUUCCCCAAAAGUACUGUAGUAAUAAAAAGGAAAAAAUAAGGUCUGCUGCAAAAUUGAUAGCAGCUGGAAUGGAAUUAAAGACAAUGAUUGACAAUGACGCACUACCAGCUGAGUACAUAAAAGGGAAGCCACUGUGUAUGAAGCAGUUUGAGUAUCUGUUUUCAUCCUGCCGUAUCCCUGGUGCGACAGUGGACACCAUGGAGUUCUACGCCCAGAAACACAUCGCUGUAGUACACAACAGUCAGUUCUUUGUGAUGGAAGCAUACAACAGUGAUGGGAGUCCACUGACAGUUGAUCAGCUCUGCGUUCAGCUGGAGAGGAUCUGCAACUCCUCACUAGAGACCGACAUGGAGCCUGUUGGAAUCCUCACCACCCAGCAUCGUGACAGCUGGAGCAAAACCUACAACAACCUCAUCAAGGUUAAUUAUUGGAGAAGAUGGGACAUGCGGUCUGAACUUCAUGUGUACAGUUGCUGAUGGUAUCGUCCACGCGUCCGUGUGUGAACAUUUUACAGCAAUCAUGAAAAAACCAGAGGUGAUACGGUCCCCCAUGGAGCCUUUACCCUUGCCCCAGAAAUUACACUUCAACCUCAC